CAAAGUGAAAAGUCAUAACAAAAAUUAGCCAUCGGACCCUGCGGAUCACAGAAUUAAAUUAAAUUCAACUUUAAUUAGCAUUAUCUGUAUUUGUUUAACAUGCUCACUUUAUGGAACUUAUUUGAGGCCACUUUGCUAUGUUUAAACGCAGUAUGUGUACUCCACGAAGAAAGAUUUAUGCAGAAAAUGGGUUGGGGCGCUAACAGUCCGAACCAAGGGUUUGAAGACCAGUCCUCUGUCAAGUUUCAAGUUUUAAACUUAGUGAGAUCUAUUAGGACAGUCACCAGAAUUCCUCUCAUCCUCCUUAACAUACUUACAAUAAUAUUUAAGUUACUGCUAGGAUAAUAAAGCAUUUGAUUUGAUUACUUUCUUAAAUAGUAACAAACCAAAAUACACAUUGGAAAUUGAGGAGCAUGGGACCAAAAACUGAUUAAGUCACAUUUUGAUGUGAUCUUCCCUUUUCAUCCCAAGCGCUAGUUUUUAAAGUUUCUAUGAAUGAUACAUCAACCUGAAGAGCAACCGCUAAAUCCUCCUAGAUGCACAAAUCAAAAUACGACAAAUACUUUCAAUGACACUCGACAAAGUUAGAAUCGAAAUUUAUCAGAUUUGUCAGUUUUUGUUUCCAAGCCCCUCAAUUAUUUCUUGUAAAGUAUUAGAUGUGCUUGUUUUCGCAUUUUAAAGUUACCACCAGAGAAUAUUGACAGUGUAUACAAAUGCUCUAAAGGUCUGUAUUGUUACAAUUUAAUAUAUUUUUGUAUAUUAAAAAAAAUAUCUGAUUCGGUUUAUUUUAGCAUCUCAAUACCUAUCUAUUUUAGCGGAAAAAGGACCUCAGACUUUAAACAAGUAACUAUGUAUUAGAAUUGAAGUCUUUUGCAUAGGUAAUAUAAUUUUUGGCUGGAUUGAAGGAAAUAAGUGGCUGGAUUCACCUCAACUUAAUGCCCAAAGAAUGUUUUCCAUCUAUCAGAGUUAUGAUUUUUA